AUGAGGGGGUUGAUUUUAGCCCUGUUUUUAACACUUGUGGGGAGCCAACAUCUUAAUUAUCAACCUGAUUUCAGUGAAAACAAGGCUUAUACAUAUAAUUAUGAAAGUGUACUUCUCAGUGGGCUUCCAGAGAAAGGACUUGCAAGAGCUGGAAUAAGAAUAAGAAGUAAAGUGGAAAUUAGUGGUAUUGAGCCAAAACUUUGUCUUAUUAGGAUUCACUCAAUCGAAGCAGCAGAAUACAACGGUAUUUGGCCUACAAGCUCAUUCUCCCGGUCGCUCAAACUGACUCAGGCGCUAACAGGACAGCUGAGUAAUCCCAUCAAAUUUGAGUAUAACAAUGGCCAUGUUGGAAACCUUAUGGCUUCUGAGGCCGUCUCAGAUGAUGGUCUUAACAUCUACAGAGGGGUUCUGAAUGUGCUGGAGCUGAGUAUAAAGAAGAUGCAGAACUCAUAUAACUUACAGGAGGCCAGCAUUGGAGGAGUUUGUAAUACUACCUACGCAAUUCAGGAAAACAAGAGAGCAAACCUAAUGUAUGUGACAAAAUCUAAGGACUUAAACAGCUGCGAAGGGAAAGUUCAAAUGGUCACUGGUUCAGCAUACACUCAUCCUUGCCGGACCUGCCAGCAGAGAAACAAGAAUUCCCGGGCAACUGCUACUUACAAUUACAAAAUUAAAUAUGCACGUAAUGAAGCAGUAAUUACACAAGCUGAUGUCGAGGAAAUCCACCAGUUUGCACCCUUCAAUGAGAUAACAGGAGGAAAUGCUAUAGUAGAAGCAAGGCAGAAACUUACACUGACUGAUGUGCAAAAGCACAUGGCUGAGAUCCCACCAAAGGAAUUUUGGAAGCGUGGGUCACUUCAGUACCAGUUUGGAAGUGAAUUGCUUCAACUUCCUGUCCACUUAUUCAAAAUAAAAAAUGUGGAAAGCCAGAUAGCGGAAAGCCUACAAGAUCUAGUAGAUAACGCUCAUGAACAGGUUCCCAGUGAUGCACCUGCAAAAGCCCUCAAGCUUUUGCACCUUUUCCGUGUAGCAAAUGAGGAGAAUUACGAGUCAAUAUGGAAACAGUUCUCAAGUCGACCAGCAUACAGGCGCUAUCUUUUGGAUAUAGUUCCUUCAGUUGCCACUCAUCACGCACUCAGAUUCUUAAGGCAUAAAAUGGAAAGACAAGAACUCACCAACUGGGAAGCAGCUCAGACAGUGCUUGUCGGUCUGCACUCAAGCGUGCCAACUAGUGAUGUGAUGGAGGAAGCCACACUCAUUGUGAAAAAACAUUGCCCACGCUCAAGUACUGUGCUUGGAAAGGUUUGCCAUCUUAGCUAUGCAUCAUUGUGCCAUAAACAGUGCUCUUCAUCAGAUUCCUGUUCAGAAUGUCUCCAGCUACUUCAUGGUUUUGCAGGAGAGGCAUUGAGCAAGUCUAACACAGAAGAAAUUUCCAUGGCCUUGAAAGCCCUUGGGAAUGUGGGACAUCCAGCCAGCAUCAAGCAUAUCAAGAAAUUUUUGCCAGGAUAUGCAUCUGGUGCCUCAGAUCUGCCACUCAGAGUUCAUGCAACUGCUGUGAUGGCGCUGAAAAACAUAGGCAUGAGAGACCCAAAAAUGGUACAGGUUAUUACCCUUGAGAUUUUCCUGAAUCACAAAAUACAUCCUCAGCUCCGAAUGUUAGCUGCCUUAGUUUUGCUUGGAACCAAGCCAGGUAUUCCUAUACUGAUGACAUUAACUGAUGCUGUGCUGAAGGAACCUAGCAUGCAAGUGGCAAGUUUCAUCUAUUCUCACCUGAGGGCUCUGGGUAGAAGCACAGCUCCAGAUCUACAAGUAAUGGCUUCUGCCUGCAGAAUGGCUAUUAGAGUAUUAAGUCCCAAAUUUGACAGAUCUGGAUAUCAGUUCAGCAAGGUCUUCCGCUUCAGUAUGUUCAAAGAGUUUCUUAUGAGUGGACUGGCAGCUAAAUUUUUGGUAUUGAAUAACGCAGGCAGCACAAUUCCAACAAUGGCAAUGUCCCAGCUGCAGACACAUUUUUUUGGAAGAGUUGCUGAUCCCUUGGAGGUGGGAAUAACAGCUGAAGGGCUGCAGGAGAUGUUGGCUAAAGGUUACUCCCCUGACCAGGACUGGGAGACUGACCAUGACUUCAAGGAAAUCUUGAAAACGCUUUCUGACUGGAAGGCCUUCUCUAGUGACAAACCUUUUGUAUCAGGCUACCUGAAGAUGUUUGGCCAAGAGUUAUUCUUCGGUGGACUUGACAAAAACACCAUCCAAAAUGCAUUGCAGGCAUGGUAUGGGCCUGAUGAAAAAAUCCCCUCAAUAAGGAGAUUCAUCAGUAGCCUUCAAAGUGGUGUAGGGAGGCAGUGGACCAAGGCUUUGCUGUCCUCUGAGGUCCGCCAUAUUGUGCCUACCUGCACUGGAUUCCCAAUGGAGACAAGCUUCUAUUAUGCAUCUAUCACAAAAGUGACGGGAAAUGUUCAAGCACAGAUUACACCUUCUCCAAAGUCUGAUUUCCGACUGACUGAGUUACUAAAUGCCAACAUUAGGCUGCGAUCCAAAGUGAGUCUAAGCAUGGCUAAGGACAUGACCUUUGUAAUGGGAAUCAAUACACAAAUGAUCCAGGCAGGACUGGAAGCACAUGCCAAAAUGAGUGCUCUUGUCCCUGUGAAUGUUGUUGCCACCAUCCAGAUGAAGGAAAAAAGCAUCAAAGUUGAAAUUCCGCCGUGUAAAGAAGAAACUGAUGUUAUUACUGUAAGGUCUAAGACAUUUGCUGUUACACGGAAUGUCGAGGAUUUGGCUGCUAGUCAGAUGACUCCAGUUCUUCUACCUGAAGCAGUGCCUGACAUAAUGAAGAUGUCCUUCGAUUCAGAUUCUGCAUCAGGCGAGACUGAUAACAUCAGGGACAGACAGUCUGCAGAAGAUGUUUCAUCAGGAAGGUCCUUUUCCGUUGGACACUCAUCUUCCCAGAAGGAACCAUUUGUUCACUCCAUGUGCUCCAAUGCAAGUACAUUUGGAGUUCAAGUGUGCACUGAAAGGAAAAGCAUACAUGCAGCAUUUAUCAAAAAUGUACCUCUUUAUUACUUAGUUGGAGAACAUGCACUUAGAAUUAGCUUCAAACCAGUUUAUACAGAGGCACCCAUUGAAAAAAUACAAGUCACAAUUCAAGCAGGGGCCCAAGCUCCUACAAAAAUGGUACGCUUAGUAACAUUUGAAGAUCCAGAGACACAAGUAUCUUCCAGCAAAGAAGCAAUUAAAAGAGUGAAGAAAAUCCUUGAUGAUACUGAUGGCCAGGGGCCAAGAAAAUCAAGAAGCUCAUCGUCCAGUGCCAGCAGCACCAGUGGAAGCACUGAGAGUACAACAAGCAGCCCCUCCAGCAGUGACUCUGACAACAGAGCCUCCCAGGGAGGCACACAGAUAAAUCGGAAAACAAAACAAUCUCAAGCCAAAGGAAAGAAAUUCUAUCCCUUUGGGGACAGCAGCAGUAGCAGCAGCAGCAGUAGUGAUAGUAGCAGCAAGAGCAGUAGCAGCGGAAGCAGUAGCAGCAAGAGCAGUAGUAGCGGGAGCAGUAGCAGUGGAAGCAAUAGCAGUAGUAGUAGCAGCAAAAGCAGUAGCAGUAGUAGCAGUAGCAAAAGCAGUAGUAGCAGCAGCAGCCAAAGCAGCAGCAGGAGGAAAGGUAGUAGUAGUAGUAAUAGUAGCAAAAGCAGUAAUAGUAGCAGCAGCAGCAGCAGCAGCAAAGCAUCUGGUAUGAAACAUAUAGGUAAAAAGCAUCCCAGGCCCACAUCAGCUCCACGUGCCAGUGCUGCUGUUGGAGAGAGAAGUGUUCAUGAGCAGAAGCCUAAAACACGGAGCAGCAGCAGCAGCAGCAGCAGCAGUGAAAGUGUUGGUGUAUCCCAUCGCCACAGCAAGGAGCACUCCAGCAAAUAUGAUCGACAAGCUGAGACAAAACAUGUCAAGUCUCAAUUUAACAGUCACAGUAGUUACGACGUUUCCACAGAACAGGAGCAUUACCUUCCGAAAGUGUACCGGCUCCGCUUCAGGUCUGCUCAUGUCUAUUGGCAUUCAGAUCAGAAGAUACCAGGCAGCUCAUCAUCAUCUUCGUCCGAAUCAGGAAGUAGUCACAGCAACAGCAGCAGUAGUGGCAGCAGGAGCAGUCACAACAAAAGCAGUGCCAGCAGCAGCAGCAGCAGCAGCAGCAGCAGCAGCAGCCACCACCAUCGCCAUCACCAUCGGGGAAAUACUGGCAGCAACUCUAGGAGGAGCCACGUUAGCAAAGGAAUCGGCAUUCAUCACAGGAGUGGUUCCAGCUUAACACAUGAGCGCAACUUCCUGGGAGAUGUAAUUCCACCUGGCAUUACAAUUGUGGCACAGGCAGUAAGGAGUGACAACAGAAAUCAAGGUUAUCAAGCUACAGCAUAUGUUCGUUCUGAUGCUGCCAAAGUUGAUGUGCAACUAGUUGUGGUUCAGCUGGCUGAAACCAGUUGGAAAGCAUGUGCUGAUGCUGUAAUACUGCCUCUGAAAGCACAGGCCAGACUGAGAUGGGGUAAGGAGUGCCGAGACUACAAAAUAGAAGCCAGGGCUACCACGGGCCAGCUGGCAAGGAAACCAGCCGUGCAGCUGAAGGUGCAAUGGGGAAAUCUUCCAACCUGGAUAAAGAAGACAAGCGUGGCAUUCAUACAGUAUGUUCCUGGGGCAGCACUCAUGUUGGGCUUCUCAGAAGCACAUCAGAGAAAUCCAUCUCAUGAAUUUAUAGUAAGAGCAGCUGCAACAUCUCCACGGACAAUUGAUACAGUAAUUAAAGCUCCUGGGGUAACGCUUUACUACCAGGCAUUCCGAAUUCCAUUCACUUUGCCCUUAGGCCCAUCUCCAACUUACGAAACUCGAGAUAUCACUGCUUGGAAUUUCCUUCCUGAAGUAGCUUCACAAAUAGCUCAAGAAGAUCAAUCCACAUGUGAAGUCAGCGAGGGAGAUUUCAAAACAUUUGAUCAUGUGAACCAUACAUAUUCUUUUAGUAAAAGAUGCAGCCUGAUAGUGGCCCAAGACUGUACUGAACAUCCAAAGUUCAUCAUUACUACAAAAAAGGUUGAUCCAAAGUCCUUCUCAAGAGAGGUUCACAUAAAUACAAGCUCAUUAAACAUCACAAUCUGUCCUGCACCAAAUUCAUCUCUCCUUGUGGCGUGCAAUGAAGAACCAGUACUAACACACAGUGGAGAUUCUGAGUAUGAAAAAGACAAUAUUAAAAUUUAUAAAAAUGGAACAACAGUUAUCGUGGAAGCUCCAACACAUGGGCUGAAGAACGUGACUUUUGAUGGUGUGAUCCUUAAGGUUACUGUUGCUUCAUGGAUGAGAGGAAAGACCUGUGGAGUUUGUGGAAAUAAUGACAGAGAAAAGCACAAUGAACUCAUAAUGCCAAAUCAUAAGCUGGCACACAGCUGUUCUGCUUUUAUUCAUUCAUGGGUAUUGCUAGAAGAAACCUGCUCUGGUGGGUGCAAACUACAGCGCAGUUAUGUGAAGCUGAAUCGAAAUCCUACUGUUGAUGGAGAAGAAUCUACGUGCUACUCUGUUGACCCAGUACUGAAAUGUAUGAAAGAGUGUACUCCAAUUGAAAAAGCUUCAGUUAAGCUUGGCUUCCACUGUUUCCCAAAAGAUACUGCUGUAAGCCUGCUGGAGUGGCAGAGAAGCAGUGAUAAGAAAUCUGCAUCUGAGGAUGUUGUGGAGUCUGUGGAUGCUGACAUUGAUUGUACCUGCACUGGUGACUGUAGUUAA